AUGGCCUGUGAACCCCAUAUGCGCAUCGUCCUUCCUCUCAACAAUCGUACAUCCCCAGACCUUAUAGCAGACUCCACGUUCCCCGCAGAACUCGUUACGUCUAUCAGGCUGGAUGCACUGGAUAGUGUAUCCCCGAUGAUAGCUGAUCUGUUUCAACGUUGCAAUCGAAUCAAUUCGCUCGAGAUCAAUGACUUUGGCCUAGAUGUCUUCUUUUUGAAUGAGAUAUUGGAUCUCUGUCCUUUACAUCUGCGUCGCCUUGCUAUUAAGUCCGAUGGGUUUGUCGCGGUCGAGUCAAUGGUAGAUGCUUUGCUGGGAUCCAAGGCUGUUGUUCAUAUCCAGAUACUGUGUCUAGAAAUUGGUGAUACAGGGUUGGAUGAUACACAGUCCUUGCCAUGGUCCUGUUUCAGGUCCAUACUCAGCACUUGCUCUUCUUUGUCGAUGCUAUCUCUGAAAAACAUCAAGAUAAUGGAUGUGCCUCAACUGCUGGAGGAGACAAAUGAAUUUCAUGCUACUACAAAGUCCUUUCCCAAUAUUGUCACGCUUAGCUUGUUACAGUGUGAUGUCACUGGUAUCGGGCGUAUUCGACUGUUGAGAAAGUUCCCAAACUUGAAGAAUCUUGAGAUGGUUGUCAGAGAUGACGCUUUUAAGCUUGAUAAUAUCGACGAUAGCAGCGAGGAUGGACAGAAUAAUGGACUUAUACGAAAUGGAGCUGAAACAGGGAAUCAAUAUCAGUUGUGUAAGAGUUUGAAGCGAUUCAGCAUGAGAUGCACCAACAAUCGGUCGCACGCUGAUCAAGCCCACUUGUGUGAAUUUCUACGUCAAUUACCUAGUAUAGAGACGUUGGAGUUAGCGGGCUUUGGGUUGAAAAUGAGUUACCAACAACUACUAGAGAUUUCAGAGGACUGGACACGUCAAGGCAGACAUCUAAAAAGGCUUUUUCUGGACAUCAAUCCUCGCAAGGUGACAGAAGAAGGCCUGAAGAAUAUACUAAAGUACCAAUGCUACUCAAGGCUAGAGUCCCUGGAUAUAUGGUGUGGUCCUGAUCUGAUAUCGAGCUUUUGGAAUCAUGAUACACAACGAUCGGAACUACCGUUUUUGAAGUCAUUAAGGGCACUGCACUUGCGGCAGAUAGUAUGUGUGGAAGACUUGGACAAGGACGCAUUAUUGGCGCUGAACCUCACAUUGAAGCAGAUGCCACGGCUGGUUGAUCUGACAAUUGCAGCCCAGUUGGACGACUUCACAGUAUUCCAGGGCUUGGGUCGAGAUCCAGACGUACCACUUCCACAACCCGAUGCACCAAUUACCAAUGUCGAUUGGUCCCAAGAACGACCAUUUCUGCAAACACUUACGAUCGGGUAUAGCCAAAAGUUUUAUAGAGAUAACAUGAAGAAGAUGUCUCAACAGAUUGGGAAGCGGUUCCGAUUUUUAGAAGACUUUCGGUUACUAGAACUGCAGUAA